AUGACGCGAACGCCGAUGCAGCGUUCCCUCUCUCCCUCCACGACCAGUCCCUCCUCAGUGGGAAGAUCAGUCUCUGGCGGGGCGUUGUCUGCGCUCUCAGUUGUAGGUGAAGUCAAGCGCCUCAGCACCUCGUCAAUCGGCUUCACCCCCGGUGACCAUUCCAUCGAUGACGGGGUACUGGGUGGGCUCGGUCUAGUCAACGCUGAAACCAAGUCCAUCUCUACCUCCUCGAGCCGUUUCUCCCACGUGGAAGUCGGUCAGCCCGCCGACUACCUCAACUAA